GCAGAGCAGAGCAGAGCAGGGGAAUAUGCAGAGUGAGCUCAGUCCCGCAGCGAGAUAGGAUUUGAAAACAGAGCACAGCAGAACAGAGGAAGAAGCAGAGCAACAGAGGGAGGCAUGGAGAUGGGUGACAGCUUUGAGUACUACUGGGAGACGCAGCGCUACCUCGAGUGCGAGGAGCUCGUCGGCAGCAUGUACGUGGGCAGCGGCGCGGCGUGCGAGGACGCCACGUCGUACUACGACUACGACUACGACUCCAGCUCACCGGACGGGUCGCACUCGUCGUCGGCACCGGUGGGGACGGGCGAGGCGGCCGCGGUUGACAAGGGAGCCGGGGGCGCGGCGGGGGCGAACAAGAACAUCCUCAUGGAGCGCGACCGCCGCCGCAAGCUCAACGAGAAGCUCUACGCGCUCCGCAGCAUCGUGCCCAACAUCACCAAGCUGGACAAGGCGUCUAUCAUCAAGGACGCGAUCGCGUACAUCGAGCAGCUGCAGGCGGACGAGCGGCAGAUGCUGCAGGAGGUGCGCGCGCUCGAGUCCGCCGGCGGCGGCGCGGAGGAGCACUACCACUACCACUACGACGAAGGCCUCCUCCUGCAGGCGGAGCGGCUGAAGAAGAUGAAGCGCGCGCAGUCCGUGCCGUCCAUAGCCAACGCUGCGCAUCUGCCGUCGCCGCCGGUGGAGGUCCUUGAGCUGCGCGUCUCGGAGGUGGGCGAACGCGUGUUGGUGGUGAGCGUGACGUGCAGCAAGCGCCGAGACGCCAUGGCCCGGGUGUGCCGCGCGCUCGAGGAGCUCCGGCUCAGCGUCAUCACCGCCAACAUCACCUCCGUCGCCGGGUGCCUCAUGCACACCGUCUUCGUCGAGGUUGAUCAAAUGGAUCGUAUCGAGAUGAAGGGAAUGAUCGAGGGUGCUCUCUCCCAGCUCGACGCCACCGUAAGACCCCAAGUUCAGUGAGCUGUUAACUAUAGAGCUAAGUUUGUCAGAAAUCGAGCUCAACAACUCAGCCCUUGCUCAACAGCAAAGUACUAUUCUGUGUGUGCAACAUGUUGCCCUUUUUCUCAACACCCCUUAUGUGAAUGGGAGGUGAUCGUUUUACUACGAGGAAGCACGUCAAGGUCUUACGUAUAUUAUAGUAGAUUCUGGAGUUCGUUGUCAACAAGACUGAUUGGCCACAGAUUCAAUGAACGCAACUUGGUUGGAGCCAAAAUGCGUCAUGGAAGUGACAAAAAAGUUUCAGAUUUUUAAUCAUGGACAAGCCCCGUACCAAAAAAUUUCCACGUCCAAAUACCAAAUGUUGCAAUCGAGAUGUUCCAAAUCACACGGUAAAAUGUUCCGAGUCGAUAUAUAUAUGUAUCAAUGCUCAAAAUCUACUUCUCC